GUCCCUGUCUGUGUCUCCUUCUGCUCUGUCUCUCCAGUGGCACCUUAACCAGGCCCGCGGUACUGACUGGACCAUACGCAACACAUGCAAGGUCCAGUCAGUCAGUCUAGGCACCACCUCGCUUUCGUAUACACCUCGCGGGAACCCGGGCGAGUGUAGUGAAGUGUGGUGAGGAGAGAUUACUAAGUAGAAGGACAAACCACACCUGGGGAUCACCUGUACUCACCUGUGGCUAGCGGAGGACAGGCCUGCCUCUCCUCCCCCUCAUCGCCGCCUACCUCCUCCACCUCGAAGCAACCUGAGGAGGAGGGCGGCGCGUCAUGGACAAAGAUUUCUGGUGUGACUUCGUGGCAGGCUGGCUGGGGGGAUGCGCCGGCCUGGUGGUGGGCCAUCCCCUGGACACGAUAAAAGUGCGCCAGCAAACCCUGAGGAAGGUGUCCGCCUUGGGGGGCAUCGCCAACACGUUCAGAUAUGAAGGAGUCCGCGGCUUCUACAAAGGCAUGGGCUUCCCUCUGCUGGCCACUGGGACUCUGAACGCGCUCUUCUUCGGCGUCUAUGCCAACACUCUGCGCCUCAUUUCCCGGGGCCCUGACAAACCCUCCUACGCGCAGGUCUUCAUGGCGGGGUGCGCUGGUGGCUUGGCGCAGCUCGUGGUGGCCUGCCCCGUGGAUCUGGUGAAAAUCAAAAUGCAAAUGCAGAUGGGGGCAGCGGAAGGAACAUGGGGGAAGAAGUCAGGGCAUGUCUACGCGGGUCCUACUUCCUGCCUGAAGGACCUGUACAAAAGGGGAGGCGUGAGGGGCUGCUACGCUGGGCUAGGAUCUAUGGUGUUCAGGGAUGUGCCUUCCUUCGGGGGCUACAUGGUGCUCUAUGACGCAAUGAUCACCGCUAUUUCAGACUCGGAAAAGAAUGCAAAUGCCGGGGUCUUGAUAUUUUGUGGAGGAAUGGCAGGUGUGCUGUCCUGGGCCUCCAUCCUGCCCCUGGACGUGGUCAAGUCGAGGCUACAGGCAGACAGCUCCAGGAACCCCCAGUACAAGGGAACGGUGGACUGCCUGAUUAAGAGCUACAAGGCAGAUGGACUCUCAGUGUUCGGGCGAGGCUUCACAAUGAUGUCAGUGCGAGCCUUCCCUACCAAUGGGGCGAUCUUCCUCGGCUAUGUUACCUCCCUGAAUGUGAUGAAACAGAUGACGAUGGGAGGUGAGCCGACGGACAUAGUGGUGACGUGAGGCAGCGUGGCAGUAGUGAAAUGUACUAUGCACAGAUGGUAAUAAUAUGACUCGUAUUCUGAAACCCUUUGUUCUCUCACCACGACUAUUUUUAAAGGUCAUAAAUGAUUAGCCGGGAUGUCAAGAGUGUUCCUCCAGUUAAUAAUGAAGAAAUCUUUUUAGUCUCUCACUAGAACAGUUAAAAACAUCCUGACAAAUCGGGUUUACUUCAAUUAGAGCCUUUUUUAAAAUUUUUUUUGAUGUAAUGGAGGUGCUGCGCAGAAGUGAUUCAGAAUGUAGUCCUAUAGAUGAUAAAGGAAGAUGUAGAUGCGCAGUACUGGUAGCGUUCCCUUUAUUCCUGGUUACUGGGGUUACUGUGAUUCCCAAGACGCAGGUAACUAAGAAGGAAGGAAUGUUGGCAGCACUGUGCGUCACUACAUCUCCUGCGACUUGAGAUCUCGUACCGACAAGCCUUCCCACAAGAUGGAUGAAUGUAUAUGGAUGCAAGCGUAUACAUAUGUACAUGUAUGAUGGAUUUUUAUAGUGAUACACAGUAGAUAUUUAGAUGGUAGAUAAAUACAGGUAGAGAUGCGGGUAGAUACUUGCACACAUGGCUGAAGAGAUAAAUAAAUGCACUGAUAGAUAGAUAGAUAGAUAAAUAGAUUGGCAGACAAAUAUUAGUGGAUUAAUAGGUAUAUAGAGAUAGAUAGAUGGAUAGAUAGAUAAAUAUGUUCUAUAGAAUGACAGAUAGAUACAGGGAUAGUUAUGUGGAUGGACAGAGAGAUAAAUAGAAUCAUAGAUGGUUGAAUGAGUUGAUUUUUUAUUUUUUUGGUUGAUAUUGGUGCAGCUAGUGAGAGAAAUGACUUUAUAACCGUCGAAAGAGUUGAAUAUUUGAGGUGAAAUGCGUGUGAUAAAAGCUGACCUCGAUGUAAAUAGUGAAAUAGGUGACUUUAUAUUUGUUGACAAGAGUAGACCGUGAUACUGUUGGUUGUGGCAAUGAAUUUUAGAGGGGAGAGUAUAAUAAUUUAUCUAUUUAUGCAAUAAUGCACGAGUAUAUUUAUCUUCUGGGGUACAAAGAUAUGAUAGUGGAACCUGACAGUGCAAGAUCAUUGAGAGAGAGAGAGAGAGAGAGAGAGAGAGAGAGAGAGAGAGAGAGAGAGAGAGAGAGAGAGAGAGAGAGAGAGAGAGAGAGAGAGAGAGAGAGAAAAACAUAUCAAACUGUUAUAUACUACUACUACUACUACUCUAAUAAAAAUAAAAACAAAA